AUGUUUGGAGGGCGGCGCGGCGGGCUGAGCAGGCGGAGGGAUGUGCGGGAGACGGGGCCCCCUCCGUGCACCCCGCAGGCUGGCCCGAGCCGGGACGGGGCGGAGGCUCGUGCGGCACCCCCACCUUUCCCACGAGUCUCUAAUGAUUCCUCGAGCGGUGAAUCCGAUGAAAAAGCGGCCGUAGCUGGACUAUUAAGAACUAUACAGAGGCCCCUGACAACAAUUGGACGUAUAUUCUCGGACGGGGAACCAUCAAAUGCUACCCUAUCUGUAUCCUCGAAUAGCGGGCCAGCCUUGACUCCUCGUGGCCGCUCCCCCAGUGCCGAAGACAGCCUUCUCACCGCCGUUGGCGGCCGCGGCCCUAGUGGGCGGCGAAGACCUGCCGUCACGGCGGAGGAAGCCGCUGCUCGUCAAGCUAGCGCAGAGACGGAAGAGGCCCGCCGGAUCCAAAGAAGUGAGCAUGAGAACGUGGUGGAUAUUCUCAAGGCGAUGUUCCCGGCUCUAGAUAAAGAGAUAAUCGGCGAUGUUGUCAGCAUGAAGGAAGGGAGGGUUGGUGAGGCUGUUGAUGCUUGUUUGGCGCUGAGCGCCGGUUAG